AUGUCCAACAGGAGGAAUAAAAGAAAAAACGGUGCUACAGAAAAUCCCACCGAUGCUGUACCCGCCCCCAGAAAAGAUCUCAUCGAUGCUUUAUCAAGAAUCUAUCAUGACCCAAAAUACAAGGAUUUGACCAUUUUAUGCUCAGAUCAAGUCUUUUCUGUGCACAAGUGCAUAGUCUGUACCCAAUCCGCAUUUUUUGCUAAGGCCUGCGAUGGCGAAUUUCAGCAGGAAGCUUCCACAGGUCAAGUUGUACUACAUGAAGACCCGGCCUUGGUCCGAGGGAUGAUUGAAUAUCUUUAUACCUCUGACUAUCGAAUGGUCACUUUGUCUUUGACGCCAAACGGCCAUACCUCCAGCAAUACUCCUUUGCCCGAUGCCUCGGAGGCUGACGACAUCGUCGCAGAUGAACAUGCUCUUUGUCAACAAUUACAAGGAGAAGAGGCCAAAGAUAGUGCAAGUCAGCUUGGUGACGCCAAAGAGUAUCCACAGGCUGCCGUUGACCCUUUGUCAUUCCACAUUUUGAUGUAUUCACUCGCGGACCGAAUGUUCAUCGAAGGCUUAAAAGAUCAGUCAAGUCGAAAAGCUGAACAAGAGCUGAAUCAACAGCUGAUUGAAAAGGUUGAUCAAUGUCUGCUCCCACGCGCUAUUGUGGAAAUAUAUAGCUCCACUCCCGCGGGCGUUCGAGGUCUACGGGAUAUUGCAGUGAGAGUGACUAUGGCCCGUUUGGCAAAGCUCAAUAGAAUGGGAUGUUCAGGUCUUGGAGAAAUUUUGAAGAAUGGUUUGCUGGAUCCGGUUCCACAGUUUUGCUUUGACUUGCUCGUGGCAAUUAUGGAUAAUAAUUCUUAA